AUGCCAGCAAGCUCCCUGCUCAACCUCUCUCCCACUCCUUCCCCGCUCGGUGAACAGUGGUGUCCCAAGGGCCUGAUGCGAGAUCCUUUUCUGCUGUACCACCCGCCCAGCGACCGGUUUGUGCUGCUCUGGACGACGGGAUGGGCGGCGACGACGAUCGGAUUUGCAACCUCCGACGAUCUCGUCCAUUGGAGCGCGCAGCGCGCCAUCGAGGUGACGCGCGGGCUGGCCGACCCGAUCGUCACGUGGGCGCCCGAAGCCGUCUUCGACCCUGAUAGCGGCAGCAUCGAAUGGUCGAAUCUGGAGCCGACAAAGGGGCGGCUAACAGCAGACGAGAAGAAGGAGCGGCAGAAGGCGUACCGAAACGCGAGUCAGUCCUACUGGCAGACGCCCAAGCGCAUCUACUAUACCCUUACCGCCGACUUUGAGAGCUUCACGCCGGCACGGCUCCUCUUUGACUCUGGCUACUCAACCAUCGACGCCACCGUCCUUCGCAGCGAGGGCCACCACCGCAUGGAGUGGCGAUACUAUAUGGCGUACCGCGCAACGAUGGGCGACGCCGUCUCGCUCUACACGGCCGAGGCCAGCGACAUGACCGGGCCAUACCGGACGAUUGGCAACCUCAGUGCGCUGGUGCCGGUGCCCACCGAGGGGCCGAGCUUGGUUGAGUGGGGCGGCUGCUUCUACAUCUACCACGACAUGUACGAGGACGGCCGCUAUGGCGUGCUCUUGGCGCCGAGCAUGCACAAACCAUGGGAGUGCGACGGGUGCCGUGAAUAG